AUGUCUGGGGGCUCAGAGAGUGAUGACUCUGUAAUAGCUAAUGGGAGGGUUUACAUUCCUGAAGUAAGAAAUGAGGAAACACCAGCAGUUGGGAUGAAGUUCGACUCGCUUGACCUCGUUUAUAAUUUCUAUAAUAGAUAUGCAUUCUUGGCUGGCUUUGGUAUUCGACUUCAUUCCAGCUUUUGGGGGAAAAAUAAGAAAGAGAUUCUGAGAAAAGAAUUUGUAUGUUGCAAACAAGGUGCAUACCGGAAUGAUGAAACUCGGGAGAGAAAAAGACAGCGGGGAAUAAGUAGAUGCAAUUGCAAAGCUAAGAUUGUGGUUGUGAAGACACAUGGGAGCAAGAAGUAUACCAUCUCUCUUUUUGCAGAGGGACACAAUCAUAAGAUGACACCCUCAGGAAGAAUGCAUUUACUGAGAUCACACCGUCGUAUUUCAGAUUCUACAAAAGUACUUACAAAACAGUUGGGUUCGGUUAAUAUUCCCAUUAAUCAGAAGGAUAUGUACAAUCUUGAAUGUAGUGUGAAUGAGAAGCUGAGGAACCACGAUGUUGAACUAGUGACCGAGUAUUUUAUGGCUGAACAGAAAAAAAUGAGGCUUUUUAUUUCAAGAUUGAGGGAGAUGGCGAUAACAGGUUUAGUCGAUGUUUUUGGGCAGAUGCAACUUCUAGACGGGCGUACGGGUUUUAUGGAGAUGUUGUUGUAUUCGAUACCACAUUCAACACGAAUAGAUACGACUUGA